UCUCGUGCUCGGCUCCCUGCUCUUCUGCGCCUGCACAAGACGGAACAUUUUCCCCAACCAUGAUUGCCAUCGGCCACCAGGAGGCAGCAAGGCCCUGCUAUGCAGACAGAUGGACUCUGACUUAUUGAUCCGCCUUUCCCUGACUCUGAGACCACUCCUCCUACCACUAGUUCUCAUUCUCAUUCACACCAUGCUGCUGUUGAGGUCUGCCCUUCUCCUCCCUCUGCUCCUGGUCCCUGGCACUUCUGCUCAGAGACGGAAGAAGCCCCCACCACCUCUGGUUCUCCUCGACAAAAUCCAACCUCAGGCCAACUUUGACCCUGAUCAGUUUUCAGGAACAUGGCUCCUGGUGGCGGUAGCCUCCAAGUGCAGCCACCUUCUGGAGGCUAGCCACAGGUCAGAGGCUACGCGGAUUCAGGCUGCCGUGUCCGGCCCAGCCCUGGCUGUCAGCACGUUCAGGAAACUGGAUGGGAUCUGUUGGCAAAUCAAACAAAAAUAUGAGCCUACUGAGCUCCAGGGCAGAUACCAUCUCCAAGGUAGAAGAAGACGUAGCCGUGGUGUGGAAGUAGUGGUGGGGGAGACAGAUUACCGCCAAUAUGCCAUCUUAUACUACCAGAGGGACCAGCAAUUCUCCAUAAAGCUCUAUGCUAGAUCCUUCCCUGUUAGCGAUGAUGUCUUGAGCAAGUUUGAGCAACGAGUCACUGAUGCCACAUUAAGUGAAGACUUCAUCUUUUAUUUCCCCACUUAUGGGUUCUGCGAUUCCUCCCAUGACUUCCAGAUCCUGGAUGAAAUGAAAAGCUGAGUUGGAAUGGAGAGGCCGGGGCCUGGCACAGUACCCCCUUCAGUGGGAGGGCAGGCGACUUGUCAGCUGCUUCCAGACUGCUGUCUAUCAUGACUACUGCCCAUUCAGAGAUCGGGGACUGGUUCCCAAGAUUCUGGGACUGGUGCUUUCUCUGGACCUUUGACCCCAUUAUUUCCCCAAUCCUCUAAUCCAAUGACCCUAAUUCCAAUGGCCUCUGAUUUUACUGACUCCUGACUCAAGCAUGGAACUUGAUUUCCAGGUGACUCCAAUAGGUUCCAGCCUUUGGGGGCAGGUGCCCAAUAUCUGAAGGCAUUUCUCAAGUCCAAAAGUCAUCUAAGGACUUAGACAGGAGGGUAAGAAGAUGAUUUUUUUUCAUUAAAAUUGUUCCUGUCAAACCUGA